AUGUUUUCACACAGCAACAAGAACGUAACAACUUUGGUGGGAAUCAUUCUGUUUUCCACACUGUUAUUUACUGCAGCCAUUUGUGAAGGAGUUGUUCUCAAUGUUCCAUCCAUGGGAGGCAAUUUAGAGGGUAACAAGGAUUGGUCUCGUAAUCCUAACUUCAUUGACGCUAUUAAGCAAUGUAGAAAGUUUGGAAGUGCUGCUACUCCAUGGGACGAAGCUGCUCCAGUCGAUGCUGAUGGUUGGCCUAUUCAAUCUGGUGGUCAAGGUGUUGGUAGUGUCAUCUUUACCGAUCAAGAACCAGGAACUUUUAGUGGAACUUAUUAUUUGGAAUUGAGCGGAAAGGCAACUGUUUCUCUUGUCUCCUCUCCAGAUUGUUCUCUCAACUCUGUGACCUAUAAUUCAGCAACUGGAAAGACCACAGGCAAUGUCGUUGUUGGUCCCACUGCUUAUCAAUUAAUGAUGGCAUUCAAGAUGGAUGUCGAUGGACCUGUUCGUAACAUUCGUUUGAUUCGUCCUGGAUACACUCUUCAAGAUGCUGAUACCACAAUUUUCACUUCAACACUCUUGAAUCAAAUUCAAAAUUACAAAAUUUUGAGAUUUAUGGAUUGGGGAGAGACAAACAACAAUCCACUCGUUUCAUGGAGUGAAAGACCUAAAGUCACAGAUGCUACUUGGACCAUCCAUGGAGUUCCAUAUGAAAUCAUGAUUGCACUUGGAAAUCGUGCUGGUAAAGAUAUUUGGGUCAAUGUUCCAGCCAAGGUUGAUGAUGAUUAUAUUACUCAAAUGGCUACUCUCUUUAAUGCUCAACUCACUACCAAUGUCUAUGUUGAAUAUUCGAACGAGUUGUGGAAUGGACAAUUUUCUCAAACCGCCUACAAUAUUGAUCAAGCUGAACAAAUGGUUGCCAAUGGACAAACUUUCUUGAAUUGGGACAAUAUCAAUGACAAAUAUACAUGGAGCUUUAGAAGAACUGGAUACAAACUCAUGUUAAUUUCAAACAUUUUCGCCAACGUUUUCGGUGAAAGCAAGAGAAACACUCAAUUCAGAUGUGUUUUGGCAGGUCAAGGUGCAAACAUUUACAUUUUGAACGAAGGAUUGAACAUUGUUGACAAAUUCUUUGGUGCUCCUUCUCAAUUUUUCUAUGCAGUUGCACAAGCUCCUUAUUUCCAACUUCCAAAUAAGAAUGAAACUUUGAACAAGAAUCAAGUUUUGCAAAAAUUGACCGCUGAAUCUGACAAGAGUCCAAUCAUUUAUCAAUACAUGCAACACUUGAUUGCUUCCAAAUGGAAUAAGUUAAAGUUGGUUGCCUAUGAAGGAGGUCCAGAUACAUUUGGUCCAUACAACGUUGCAGCAAAGAGACAAGCUACUUGGGAUCCAAGAAUGAAGCAAAUUUCAUUGGAUUACUUGAAGUAUUGGUUCAGUUAUGGAUUUGACACAUUUGUUUGGUUUACCAUUGGAGCUGGUUCAUAUCAAACUCCACAUGGUACUUGGCCUCUCGUUGAGAACAUCAAUCAAGUCACAAGUCCAAAGAAAGAAGCCAUCGAUUUUUAUGCUGUCAGCAAUGAAGGUGUUGCUAUCAAUUCAACAGUUUUCACAAAUAGAUGUCCAAAUGAAGUCACCAAUGCUACCAUUCUCAAUAUUCCAGCAGUUGAUUAUGCCCUCAGCACUGAAACUGGUACCUACAUUAGCGCUCCUGCUGUCAAUUCAUUGUACCAUUAUCCAGUUGUUUUUACCAAGAAAGGUAAUUACAAUAUUGCUGUAGAAACAGCAACCAUUAAGGCCAAUAGUUACAUUGGCAUUUACAUGGAUGGAGUCAAGUUGGGAAGUGUCUUGUCCAACUCUGGUGGAAGUAAUAUCUGGAAAUUCUCAGUCAAUGUUUCUGUUCCAAUGGUCACUGAACCAAAGUUAGCAUUGGUUUCGUUGAAGUGUGAAAGUGACAGAGCUUAUAACAUUAGAACUGUGAGAGUGAAGAGAGUGGUUGUUUAA